CAACUUGGCGGUAAAUUUGGAAGUUAUGGAGUAUAAACUAAGAGUGUCAUUAUCAUGGGUCUCUGGUGUUCUCAGAGGCUCUUUACCUGACAACAAGUGGAGCCCAUUGAUUGAUGAAGCACUUGACAAGAACAAAAUCACAGAUCCACUAUUGACUUCUUUAACAUCGCCUCUUAUGUAUCAUGACCUCUACAAUCACAUAUUAUUGAUGUCUUCAUCGUCUCAAAAGAAAAGAGGAGGAGGGGAAGUACCUACCGACGAGUCCUUCUGGUCAAUUAUAAGGUCUCUUGCUCAUCAAGGCAUUUAUCUUGAGUACCCUGGGAGUGAGGGUUCCUGCAUUAGUCACUCUGUGCUGGCGUCAACUGUACCUUUUAAUCAAUCACUGCACUGUGUGUUAUUGGAAGGUUUUAUGUUAUUUUAUUCAUUGAAGCUAGCGCCUAUUAGCCAGAUUGUAAAAGCAGUAAGGUUAAUAUCUGGUCUGACGGCAUCCAAAGAACUGCCAACAUCUCUUGAAGAAGGACUACUCCUGUGGCUGAACAAGACAAGCAGGACUUUACAGAGAGUCCUAGAGCAGGAGCAAGAGCAGUUAAUACUAAUGGAGUCCGAUCCUAACAAGAGGAGGCUAGCUCGACUGAGAUCACUGAGAGAGAAGAGAUCUAAAGGAUUCCCUAAAGUAACAGAUUUUGGUGAUAGUUUGACUGAUGGCCAGUGUAUUGGAGCUGUUUUAUUGUAUCACCACAGAGACAAGUUAUCUUAUUCUGAUUUUAUAUUUGGUCAGAAGCUGUCAAGGAAUGAUUCACUUGCCAAUUUGACGAAAAUUAAAUCUUUCUGUGAUUCUCAUUUUCCUCCCCCGGCUCUCCACAUAACGCCCAUGCAAUGGCUGGACCACACCCCUGAUGGAAACUUAAAGGCAAACGUCAUAGCGUUUGUCUCUUUUCUUUUCGACGCUCUCAGUUCAAUGCAAUUCAAGAAAGGGAUACACGUGGUGACACCCUCAACUGCUAGAGGCAUGAUAGCAACCCCUACCUUUACUAGCACACCUUUGAGGAAGCACAGAGAGCAAGAGAGACUAGAGAACAAAGCAAGGACACUCUAUCAUCCUAUAAUGGACAUUUCCUCCAUCAGUUCUUCUAGCCUUCCUUCACAGUGCACUGGUUGCAAGAGAACUGAGUGUAUCUGUAAGAGACUCCCUCCGAUUGAUAGUGGGUCCUCUGCUGUAGAGCUGAGCUUAUCUUCCACUUUUACUCUGCCUGAGAGGAGAAAGGAAGGAACGAUGAAGCUUCCUGGAGCUGUGAGGAAUGCUUCCUCUCUUUCUCAGAAUAACCUCCUGUCUUCUUUUAGUCCAAGUGUUUUCUCUCCUCUCUCUAAUUCUCAUCUCUCUACUGACGAGGGAUUACUCAAGGCCUCACCAAAGAAGAAGACUCUCAUCACUCCAUCACUUGAGAACCUGGGUAUUACUCUAUCAAAACCCAACAGACAGACUCAAGUCAGGGAUAGCAAGAUCCCUCUAGCUCCUACUGAUGCUGAAAGUAUUUCCUCUGGGAACACAAAGGACUUGAAGACAUCAAGUGACCAGGUUGAUGGAAUCCUUAGAGACGAAGACACUACCAUUCAAGAAGACCAAGACAGUGACACUAUUACUCAAUCUCAUGGAGAAGAACUGUCUGAUAGGAGUGAUAGUAAGAAGAAUACAAGCAAUGAAACAGUGAUAAUUCAAGGUCCUGCUAGAAUGGAUGUACCUCAAUCACCUAUAAUAGAUACUGAUGAGUUACCAAUUCCUCCUACUGGUCCUCAGAUACAUGUAUCACCUCAAGAAGAAGCGAUAGCCAUGUCUCCUAUUUCUACUCCACAAUUGCAAGCUACAGAGGAGAAUGACUCUCCUGUUUCUUAUCCUACUCCCAUUCCUCCUCCAUCCUCUCCCAUUCUUCCCGUCUCCUCUCCUCCUUUCUCAUUUGCUCCAUCAUCACUCCCAUCCUCCGUCUCUUCCCUUCAUGAUAGUUCAGUCAAUAGGGAAAUGAGUCAAAAGGAAGACAAGGAGAGAGUCCAACCGGUUUGUCGUUAUAUUAUUGCUCACAUUCGAUUUGACGACUUCAACAAUAUAAAGGACUGGACUCUGAAGCCUAAGCUCCAGCACCAAGUGGCACUCAUCAAAGAACAAAUGAAGAGAGAUGAGCUAAUGAAGAGAGAUGAGGUAGAGAGAAGAAGAGUGGAGAGCUCACCCAUCAAAGAUAAAGAAGAAACUGAAGUUGUUGCAAAGACGCAGCAACUUAGCAGGACUGGCUCUGGUAGCAGUCUAACAGAGGAGAGGCAGAGGAAAGAGGAUGAAGAAGAGGAGAAGAGAAAGCGCAAAGAGAAAGUUGUUAAGGCUAGACUGGCAGAGAGAGACAGAAAGAGAAAAAAUUCCGUAAAAGAGAGAAGGAUGGUUGAGCAAAAUAUUGAGCCUAAAGAAGAAUCUACAAGACCGAAUACAAGAGAAUCUUGUGAAUGUUGCUCGUCUGCAAUUUCUUCAUCAGUAGCUAUUUUAAAGCCUCACUUAAGAAGCAAUGCAAGACUCAUUAAGAAUGCAUUGUGUCACAUAUGCCUUGCUGGUGAUGCUAAUAUCAUAUCAAAGAAGAAAGCUUUAAAUGAAGUUGAGUCCUCAAAUGCUGGUCAUUUUAUGAUUCUUUUUCGUGAUAGUUUAAGUCUUACCUUUAAGGGUCUUUAUGGGUACUCUCCUAAGCAUCAGUAUGAGAGGCUCUUUGGAAUUGGUCCAAAAAUUAUAAAGGAGUCUAUGCUGGAGCAACUAUUCAAGUAUAACUCUGGUACAAAGUCGUUCCAGUCUGUUCCUUCACACACUUUUUCCCUCUCUGUCGAUGCAUUCACCAUUCAAGAACACUUCUGGAAUGCUAGGAAAAAAGUGCCUCUUUUGCCUCGUUAAAUUAUAGUAACCACAUGCUAGUCAUGAGAGUAAAUUAAAUUGUGUACGAUUACGUGUGACUGUACAAGUAUAAUAUAUCAAAAUUUAGACAAUCAUAAUAAAACUAUAA